UCGGGGCGUCGCCUUGGCAAGAACGGACCAAUCGCGACUCCGCUCAAGACUUUGUAAACAACAGAGUCGCACGCUGGAUGAAAACUUUACUACGAGAAGAUGUCGCGUGACCAAUGCAAGCAGUAAAUCACUUCUUUCGGUGGCCAUGGAUUUCACAUAGACCAAAGUUUGCGCGGACAUAAAAGUCUGCGAGGAACAGAAAUGCGAGGAAGAAGUUUUUCCACUGGCUAUGAACUACUUGGACCGAUUUUUAGCGGUGGUACCAACAAGAAAAUGUAACUUGCAGUUGCUCGGCGCAGUUUGCAUGUUUCUUGCGUCUAAAUUGAAAGAGACGCGUCCAUUAACUGCAGAGAAGCUGUGUAUCUACACUGAUAACUCAAUCAGACCGCAAGAACUGCUGGAAUGGGAGCUGGUUGUCCUGGGCAAAUUGAAGUGGAACCUAGCAGCUGUCACUCCCAAUGACUUUAUUGAGCACAUUAUGAGGAAACUUCCGCUGCCUGAGGAUAAGCUGGAGCUGAUUCGUAAACAUGUGCAGACUUUCAUCGCCCUAUGUGCAACAGAUUUCAACUUUGCCAUGUACCCUCCAUCCAUGAUUGCAACGGGUAGUGUGGCAGCAGCUAUCUGUGGCCUGCAACUCAACAGCACUAACCACUCACUGUGGGGAGACAACCUUACAGAAUUGCUUGCCAAGAUCACAAAUACAGAAGUUGAUGUGUUAAAGGCAUGCCAGGAGCAGAUUGAGAGAGUGUUGAUGAAUAACCUGAGGGAGGGUCGUCGGCAGCAGCAAAAACAGCAACAGCAGGAACAGGGUGGCCAGCGCAGCAAAGCAUUUGAUGACCAGGACCAGUCCAGCACCCCAACCGAUGUACGAGACAUCAACUUGUGAGCUUGCUGCAGGAAUGCUGUGAUCAGUCUUCAAGAAAAAAAAAACCCAACAAAAAACAAAAAUAACAAAAAACAAACAACCCCAACAAAAAGUGCUUGCUAGUCUUUGUAGAGUUUUACCUUCAUUUUCCAGUACAAAAUAUUCUCCCGUAAAUGAAAAUAAAAAACAAAAAAAAACAAAGCUAUUUUAGAUACGAGAAAUAGAUAUUUUUUAAAUGAUUUGAUACUGAUGCAAAAAGCUCUACGGUGCCUCAGACUUAGAAGGGAAGCGUGUAGUAUUUUGCAACUCUUUUGAUUGUGUAAACAUAAUAAUAUGAUAUUUAAUGCAAAAGUGAUAGUGUAAAGGGCUUUUCAAAUAGAGUCUACUGUAUCAGACUGGCUUGAAAGGGUACAAAAAGUGGGGCUAUGUUUUUUUUUUCCUGUUUUGUUGUGAUUUUUUUUUUUUUUUUUUGGUUCACGUUGGAAUGCCUGAACUUGAACACACAAAGAGGUGCCAUGAGUCUGAAUGGACGCACCCAUUCACUUGGCUGUGUAUUAAGAGUGCAUUAGGACCAGAAAGAAAGAUUUAAAAGGAGGGGUGAGACACAAGUCUUAUGCUAAGAAUGCAGGGCUCUUUUGCAAGGGUAACAGGGGCUUAUGUAACAAAAAUAGACUAUUAUUAUUAUUUUAUUAUGAUGAUUAUUAUUAUUUCUGUUAAACAAGCAAGUUAUUGUCUCUCAAUGCUAGUUACAGACACUUCAAAUAAGCUUUUGUCAAGCUGCUUGUGUGCAUGCAAUUAUGUGUGGUGUAUGUUGGCUCGUGUGCAGGCGUGUACAAGUUACUCUGUAUCAGGCACUCUUGUGUGAGUAAUGUGGGCUUUGUUUAAUCAUCUGUUUGGUUAUAGAGAUGGGCUCAGUGGUGGGCACAUGGUCAAAGGACUGGACAGGGGAUAGCAAAUGAUUUCACGAUUCUCUGACAGCCUCCUGUAUCAGUGCCUUAUAUUAAAUGCUUUUAUUUACUGGCCUGGAAACUGCUUGAGGGCUGAGCCCAACACAGUGCACAGAACAAGACGAGGCUAGAAAAGGGACGGGUAUGUUCCCUCGGAUCUUCUAAAGGCAAGAAGAUUUGUUUUUAAAAUUUGUGGAUAUGGUCGUCUUUCAUGGCAGCCUUCCACUAAAUAUUACAGUUGUAUUGUAUACAUACAGUUUGUUACGUGAUUACGUAUUUAGGUUGUGAGUGUGUUGAAGGAGCCUAAGGCUGAUUCGUGUUUGGUCCUAUCUGGGACUGAGAGAUGAGUUUGCAAACGAGUGUUUAUUAGCAGUAAAAGAAUGUGUAAGAAAGAAUGAUCGAGGAUGAAAAUUAUGAUGAAGGUUGGUUGGUUUGAGAUUUGAAGCAUGCUGCUUAGAUGGAGUUAGUAGGAGGAAAGGAGACCAAAGCAGAAACAACAGCUAUGGUUUCCAUAAAUCACCUGAUAUUUAAGAUCUUUAAUCUAUUUGUCUGUUUAUUUGUUUGUCCUUUAGUUGUUUUGUCUUAUGUUUGAAUUACAGACCAGUAUCUUAACCAGUUUCAUACUGCCAGCUCACAAAUGGGGAAGGUUAAUCCAUCAGCUUUAGUUCAGAAAGCCUAUUUCCCAUGUAUAACAAAUGGUUAUGUUUAAGGAGUCAUUUUUUCUUUUUCAUUUAUUUUUUUUUCUGUUUGGGGCUGGUUUACCAUGUUUAGAUCAUGGCGUGUUUGCUUAAUUAAAGCGUUUAAGCAUUGGAAACCAACGUAUGACAACAACAGCAACAAAAUGAUGAUACAAAAAUGAAAAGACCAAAAAACAGACAACAAAAAGACAAAAAAGAAAAUUUUUUUGUUCAUUUGCACGCUGCAAUUUUUCUAAAAUUCGAAAAGAUCUGCAACUGCACCAUUGCAGAAAAAAAAAGUUUAUAUAGUGCCUUGAGUCUGAUGUAGGUUUCACCCUGUUUUGCUGAGCUUAAACAUAAAGUUCCACUACCGUACCCAGCCAUCCAAAAUACGCUGCUUCCAAAGGUUGAACUGGCAUGGGGUUUGAAAACUUCCGCAAGUCAUUACACGGUGGCUUAAAACAGGGUGCAUCAGCAGUACAACACGGCUUUCAUUUGCUGAAUUCUCAUAGCUUACCUUAAAAAGGGGCAGUCGAGCUUAAGUAUGUGUCCGUCUGUGUAUGCGUGUGUGUUUGUUUGCAUGUUGUCUGUGGGUAAAGGAGAUGUGUAUGAGUACUCAAUACAUUUCUUUUCUCCAUAAACAAUUAUUAGUGAUGCUUGAGUUUCACAAGCAACAUUUCUUCCAUCCUCACACCAAAACCCCCGUCAAUUUUAUUGUAUUAAUUUAGUCUGUCUUAUUAUUUUCCCAGCUCUGCUCUGAAAAUUACAGUACUGUUAACAGAUUAUGUGAGUGGCUAUGUGGGUUGAAUAUGGACCGAAGUUUCGUUCCUUAAGGGGGAAGAUACUGUAUUCCAAAGUGAUGAGAGAUGGAAAGGGUGUGAAGACAUCAAUCAAGUGUCAAUAUUGUUAUUAUUAUUGUUAUUUUCCGCUGCUAAAAAGCUAUGAUUUUUUUUUUGUUUCAUCGUAUACAUAAAAAUAACAUUACAUACUUGUGAUGUCACAUCAGUGUGCUGCUAUUUUAUAAACAAUUGUGUUAUAAUUAUUGUACUGCUUACAGAAUAUUUUGAGAAUACAGAAGUAGAGGGUAAAAGAAGAACAUGAAAUGAGUAUUCGACUGGAAAUGCUCUUUGUACAGUGUGCUCUUAUUAAGGCAUGUUUCUUUACCUUUUAAUCUUUUUUCCUCCUCUUCUUCUCUGUCACAUUCUGUAAGUGUGGUAUCUCUAUACCUCAGGUUUACUGGACAUAAAAGACUUUUCCAUUACCUCACACAACUCAUAACAGUUUUUUCGGGAACCUGGAAAUUACAUCACAAAGAAGAGCAUAUCAAAAUGUUGCUUUGUCUGGUGUAGUAAAUUCAGUGGAAUCUGAAUUUCAAUGUAAACAAGUAGGCUCCCACAUGGACAUCAGCAAUAGUGGAUGGAGGAGAUGGCGAAUGGUCAACAAUGUCUUAUGUAUUCAUUUCAUGUCAGGAGAUAGACCAGUAAACCUGUAAAUAGCAAAUAAACAUCAACACUGAGAAAAGGCCUCCUCCCUCCACUAUAACCACAUCAUGUACCUCAGUAAUGUCUGUUGCACAACCUCCGUUCAGUUAAUAUCUGCUUUAAAGAGCGCGGUGCUAUGUUGGUCCUAUGUUAUUCUUCCCAUUUAUUGGAAAUUGUGGAGGUGAAAAUAACUAUCCAACAUGUUAUAACCUGGUUAAGAAUAACUGUGGAGAAAGUGUGAAUAAUCAGACACAAACCGGAUGAAAAUGACACAAUUCAAAAAUGAAACAGACGUUGAACUUUUUUUGUUCAGCAAUGUUUCCUGUCAUUCAACUCAUUAGGGCUUAGCAACUAUGUUGGUAUUCUUUGGAUUUAUGUUCACCUCAAAUCAUUUGUCAUUGAGAGCAUGAAUGAAGUUAAAGGAGAGUACAUGCUGUAUGCUAAGGUCAAUUAAACUUACCAUGAAAGAA